GACAGAACAGCAAAGAAGCCAGCCAGCCUGUCAUGGCGCGGGUGUCGGUCUUGGGAGUUUCGCUGCUGGAGAAUCCCAGCCCGUUUGACCAGCCGCUCCGCUUCCAGGUGCAGUUCGAGUGCGGAGAGGCGUUGCCCCACGAUUUGGAAUGGAAGAUCAUUUAUGUGGGAUCUGCAGAAAGUGAGAGAUAUGAUCAAAUUCUUGAUUCUGUACUAGUAGGACCUGUUCCAGCUGGGAGACAUAUGUUUGUGUUUGAAGCAAAUAGUCCCAAGCCUGAUCUAAUCCCUGAAGGCGAUGCUGUGGGAGUUACAGUAAUACUCAUUACUUGCACCUAUCUUUGUCAGGAGUUUAUCCGCAUUGGGUAUUAUGUGAAUAAUGAAUAUACAAAUCCUGAAUUAAGGGAGAACCCACCUCUCAAGCCAGACUUUUCCCAGUUGCAGAGGAAUAUUCUGGCCUCCAAUCCCCGAGUCACCCGUUUCCACAUCAAUUGGGAUGGUCCUAAAGAUCAGAUGGACAAUAUUGAAAAUGUAGAGCCAGAGCCUGAUGGUUUCCUAUCUUCUAACUGUGCCUACAUCAAAGGAUUGAUCCCUUCUGUAGGCCUGCAACCUGAAAAUUCAAUGGACUGCAUGUAAAAUAGGCAGAAGAAUUUAAAGAUGCAGAAAAUUGCAACUAAAUGAAUUAUUUGAAAAAUCUGUGAAGAGAUAUAUGGAUUCUUAUGGCCAGUAGAGCAAUGGGAGUCCUAAUUGUUACAUCUGUAUAGACAAACAACAGAGCUCUUUUCAUAUCUGGAUUUAUAGCAAAUGUGUCUUCCCCAUUAUAGAUCUGUAAUUUUGUCAUGUUAUUUCUUGAGUAAAAAUUGGAUCCUCUUGUGCUGACUUCUUAUGAACACUAGUUGACACAGAAAAAUCUUGUGCCAUAAUUCCUGAAGACUCAGAACAGUGGGAACUAGCUUAAUAUUCUGAUCAUCCAUUUCCUAAAAGUUGGCACAGCAAGCACUCUCAUUUCUGGACAAUUUGAAUUUCUCUUUUUUUGUUGUUAGUACAGAGAGCUGACUCUUGAGGACAUGCUUUUAAUAAAUGACCAGAUAUAUCAUAGCUGUUACUUGAUUGUUCCUAUUUUAUAGCCAUUUUCUCCUUGGCUUCAAAGAUACUUGCCUUGCAUCAAAGAUUAGGAAAGUGUAGUUUUAGAGGGAAAGUCUGCUGGUUAUAUAACAGUCAUAAUGCUGCUUUUGAGAGUGUUCUAGCAUGCCACAACUAUUUGCUAGUAAUCUCAAAAUGACUCUUCCAAUGUCUGAGUAGCAAGAAUAGGCCAGUGCUGAACUAUCUUUGUAUGCAUCUUCACCUGCGGUCUUAUAAUUACUGCACUCUAAAAUGCUAUUUACAGUUUAUACAGACACUUGUCAUUAUUAGAUACUUGUCCUAUCAAAAAGAAACCCCACCCUAAGAUGUACAAAGAGUUAUGCAGGCACUUAUACUAUAUUAAGUGCCUUGUACCUCUUAGGUUGUGGUUUCCUUUUUGAUAGCACAAGUUUUAUGUUUUUUGGUUUUUACCUGGCUUACUUGCUUUCAGGGAUUACAUUCUUUAGUAUUUGACUAUUUACCUGAUAUAUGAUAAAUAUUCUGCACAGGAGUCUUUUAUGGAAAGGAUUUUCAAUAAAAAUUGUGCAAAAACUACAUGAUUUACAUAAUAGUGUUUGUGGCAUAAAACAUGGAGUAUCUCUUUGAUAAGUUAAUAUUUAGUAAAGUUAAAACUGAUGCUUAUCAGUUUUGU